AUGGAAUACUCUAUCGAAGACACGCAGAAUGCGGCUCCGGAAGGCCAGUCCAAUAUCGAGAACUCCAAGCUCAGUUCAACGGCCUCCAAGGCGGACACGCAGAGCGUCACCAAGAGACUCCAGAGCGAGCUCAUGCAGCUGAUGAUGUCGCCAUCUCCGGGAAUAUCAGCUUUCCCAGACGCAGACGGAAAUCUUCUCAGCUGGACUGCUACAAUUGACGGCCCUGAUGAUACACCUUAUCAAAAACUCACCUUCAAGCUCUCGUUCGCCUUUCCUACAAACUACCCAUACGCUCCUCCCACAGUCCUGUUCAAAACCCCAAUCUACCACCCUAACGUGGACUUUUCUGGACGAAUCUGCCUCGAUAUCCUAAAGGAGAAAUGGAGCGCCGUGUAUAACGUCCAAAGCGUACUCCUGAGUCUCCAGAGCCUUCUAGGCGAGCCAAAUAACGCAAGCCCCCUAAACGGCCAAGCUGCCGAGCUGUGGGACAAAGACCCAGCGGAAUACCAGAGACUGGUCCUUUCUCGACACCGCGAUAUCGAAGCCGGCGAGUAA